AUCUGUUAUCUGUUCGCUGUCUGCUCUGCUCUGCUUCUGCUGUCAGCAGUGUCAGCUGUCUGAUAAGUUAGUGAUAACAUGACAUUGUGAUAACUACUGAAUUACCGAUAACAAGAUAUUUUCUGGAAUCAAGUUUGGCAUUUCACUAUCUGAUUACUGAUAAGGAGUAAGGAGGUGAAUAUGCUUCAUUGCAGGUCGUCUUCAUUCCAGUCUAGGAAGAUCUUCGAUCUGGGAAACCAAUCAGGUUGCUGAGAAUAGUGUAAUCAACCAGUCCAAAUCAUUUUCGGCCCACAUCAUGGCUUUUGUAAAAAUAGCAACAUCUGAGAAUGAUGACCUCAUGGAAUUGCCUACAGAGGAAGACAAUACAAUUUUGCUGUCAACGCUCACAACUUACUUUCCUGGUGCUUGCUCUUUAAAGUACAAAUCAGUUUCUGGAACAACAAGAGGAAUACGUAAUGCUGGUGGUCGUCUUCACCCCCCAAGUCCUGAAGGCUGGGGAAACGAGACUUAUUAUUGUGUAUUUCAAAAUGUUCCAGAUCCAUUUCUUCGACCAUCCAGUUCUGAAAUGAGUGCAUCCACUAUCAGUUCAAUAUCCAGCGAUUCUUUUAAUGAAAAAAGCAAGCAUAGAUCAGCACAAAUGGACUUGAGCACAAAAAGUCACACAUUUUUGGAGAGAAUGAAAGUGAAUAAAGAUCUGACCAACUUAACAGCCUCCUCAACCGCAUUCAACAGCACGUUAAGAAGAAUAAAUGUUUCUAAAACUUCUAGUUUGUCAAUGGAUUCCUCCUACAAUGCGAAGAUGAAAAAGAUUCAAGAAACAUUAGUGGAACUAAAAAAAGCUUACAAACAGAAAUUAAUUAAUGAUUUUAUUAUGAAAGCGUACAAUGAUUUGGUUUUUGAUAAGAACAGCGGUCUUCCUGAGAGUAUAGCUGAAGAUUGUCGAAGAAAUAUCCUGAAAGGAAGAUUAGGGUUUUUCCACCAUUCUAAGGAAUUGUGCAAUAGUAAACUUUAUGAAGCAAUAUUUGCUGAACCAAUACAUAAUAAUGUGGAGCCAUUAAAUAUCAAAGAUAGCAGGAUUUUACAAGGAAAACUAUUCCAGUUAGUUUUGGACAGAGCUCAAGAUGCAGUUAACUCAAUCACUGCAGUGAAAGAAUGUGGUUUUGCAUCAUUCUUGACACCUUCUUUAGUCAAACCUGGUAGCAUAUUCACGGAUGAACAACUUACAAUCAUCUCGCAGUGUCGGAAAAUCAAAGGUGCGCAUGAUAAAUGCAAGGCUACUGCCCACCAUAUCACAGAAAUGCUUCAGCGCUUGAGCGAUUUGAGGACUACCACCCUUCCAAGAUUAAACAAUGAUGCAGUGGAUUGCUUAACUGCUCAAGCCGAAAUUGUGAAGAAAGAGACAAGGUGCUUUUCUACCGAAGUAGAGGAGAAAAUCAAAGAAGGUGAUGAAAAUGUUGUGGAGGCUUUACAAGUGUUGCGUAGUACUUUAAAAGAUGCUGUACAACAAAAAACUUACAAAUUAGCUAAACUUAGGAAACAAAAGGAAGAGUAUGAUUUGGUCAAAGGACCGAAGUUCAGUGAGAUGAUUAAUGAGUACAAACAACUAAUGCUACUUUACAACUCUAAGAAAGAACUUCUUGAUGGUCUCAUGGACUCUCCCUCUUGUAAAAGUCACAUCAGCAGCAGCGAUGGCUCCUCCCUAUAGAUCUUGACGAAGAUUCUGGAGGUGUUUUUUUUUCCGUACAUCAGUUCUUCCUGCUCUCUUCAAGUCUGAUAGUUUUCAAGGAAAAAAUACUUAAAUCUCUAUUUAGCAAAAGCUAACACAAAUUCAGAGAGAUUACACAUCUACAUCCACCAUGCAUAUCGAUGGUGAAACUACAAAAGCACAUAUCUCAAGUACGUAAUAUUGAAGUUCAACAUAAAUCUCUCUUCACUGCCAAAAAAAAAGAAGAAAAAAAUUAAUAUCAGCUGCAAAUGGUUCCUUUGAAGUAGGAUAACUUAAUAUUGAGUAUUUGAAAUUUCUUGAGUAUUCUCCAUUGAAAAUUUAUUCAGAGGCAGAGAUGACGGAUGUAAGGCCAUUGUCUAGUGGUAUUCUUAGCCUUUUAACAAACCAGAACAUAAUUUAAUUUUGUCCCAGUUAAACUUGGGAAAAAAUAUUUUCCUCACAUAUAUCUCAGUUAUCUUUUAUUUUCAUGUGAUGAGAGAUGCCUCAUAAUUUAUUGGUGUAAAAUUUUUCUAUUGGAAAUGAAUUUGAAAUUACCUACGGCGACUUUUUAAAAGUCUGUUUAGUUGAAAUUUGAUUACUUUAAUGGAAUUGGAUAAAUGAAGGUAUUCAUAUUUUUUACUUAUUUUUCGAAGAUUAAUUUCAAGAACAUGUGUAACAGUCUCGCAUAGGUAGAUGCAUUUAAUUUUAUUUCUUUGCCAUAGGUAUAUCAGGGAGAGGGAAAUAAUGAAACAUAAGUUUGGGAAAGUAUGAAAUUCAAUAAGAGAAGGAUUUAGAUGUAGUAAAAUGGCAUUAGCCUGUUUAUUGAAUUUCUUCAGGUUAAAAAAAGUCACAGAUGAGGUCUUUUGUCCCAGUUUAAUACCACUUUCAUGAUUCCGAUUGAAACAUGAGGAUAUUAAAUAAUUUGGGACUUCUUCCGUGCAUAUACUUCUUGCUUGUACAUUGUUAUCUGUUUCUUAAGUGUAAUAUUCGAGUAAAAAAAUCAAUAUAAUACA